GGCGCCCCACGGCUUGCUUGGCGAAGGUCUCCGUCCCUCCCCCGCCCCACAGCUCCCGCCUUUCACUCCGGCGAGCCUUGGAGCAGGGGCCCGACUUCUCAGUCGCCGAGGACCAUGAGGGGCGCUCCAGUUUGCUUGGCAGUUCUGCUGGCGGUGGGCUCGCGCUUCAGCCUCGCGUACCAAGGAUCAGGAUAUUCAACAAUAGAAGAUGAUGAAGAUGUGUAUGCACGCAAUAGAUAUAAAGAUACACCAUGGUGCUCCCCUAUCAAGGUGAAAUAUGGCUAUGCAAAUUGCAGAAGUCCUCAGGAGGGGUAUUACAGAAAUGUCUUGGGGACCAAAUGUGAUAUUCGUUGUCAGAAAGGUUAUGAACUACAUGGUCCUCAGGAGCUUAUUUGCCAGUCAAACAAACGCUGGUCUGGGAAAGUUCUCUGCAAACAAAAACGUUGCCCAACACUUUCCAUGCCACCUAAUGGAGGAUUCAAGUGUGUAGAUGGUGCAUACUUUAAUUCCAGGUGUGAGUAUUUUUGUUCACCAGGAUAUCAGUUAAAAGGAGAUCAAGUAGUACAAUGUAUGGAUAACAAAGUCUGGAGCGGAAGACCAGCUUCUUGUGUUGACAUGGAACCUCCAAGAAUUCAGUGCCCAAGUGUAAAGGAGAGGGUAGCAGAACCCAAUAAAUUAACAUCCCGGGUAUUCUGGGACACUCCAGAGGGACGAGAUACUGCUGAUGGCAUUUUGACUGAUGUUAUCUUGAAAGGACUUCCACCAGGAUCAUAUUUUUCUGAAGGAGAUCACAAAAUCCAAUAUACUGUGUAUGACAGAGCUGGGAAUAAGGGAACUUGCAAAUUUUUGGUCAAAGUCACUGUCAGGCGCUGUGGAAAACUGAAUGCCCCAGACAAUGGCUACAUAAAAUGUUCUGGUGAUGGAAAUAAUUAUGGUGCAACUUGUGAUUUUUCCUGCAUUGGUGGAUAUGACUUGCAGGGAAGUCCAGCAAGAGUUUGCCAGUAUAAUUUAGGCUGGUCAGGAACAGACCCAACCUGUACACCUAUGAAUAUUAAUAUUGGUGUGAGGACAGCAGCAGCUCUUCUAGACCAGUUUUAUGAAAAACGAAGGCUGCUGAUUAUAUCCACUCCUACUGCAGCCAAUUACUUUUAUAGAAUGCAGCUGGGAAUAUUGCAGCCAGCACAAUGUGGUUUAGAUCUCCGGCAUGUUACAGUGAUUGAGUUGGUUGGAGUUUAUCCAGCACAGCUUGGAAGAAUAGGAUUAAGACUGAUGCCUCCUGCUUUGGCUUUACAACUCAGGUUGUUGCUUCGUAUCCCUCACUAUAACUUUUAUAUGGUAGUAGUUGAUAAACAUGGUGUGGACAAAGAACGAUAUCCUUUUCCAGCAACCCCUGCUGAGCUCUUUGCACUCAUUGACACUUUCCCCUUGAGAAAAGAAGAGAUGAAAUUGCAAGCUGAAAUUGGCCGGUCUUGUCCCUGAUUUCAGACUAUGGGCAUUCAGAUGCCAGUAUUUUUGCUGCCUAAAUUUUUCUGGUGCUACACAAAGCGUGAGAUUAUGGAAGUCACUGCUGUACAGAUCCUUUUUCUUAGUAUGUGUGUGUCUAGCCUAAUGGAUGUUGCAGAACUUCUUUUCAUGUAACCUAUAAAUGAUGCCUCUUUAUCUUGUCAAAGAUUUAUUUUCUUCUGUGAAAGGUAUUGAAUUGCUUUGGUUAACACUCCAGAAUAACAUUUCUUCCCAUGUAAAUGUUUUCAUUUCUUUUUACAGAUCUUUUAUUAAUAAAACAGUUUUGCAUUUUGGAGGUUUAGUAUUUAUAUUAACACAGUAUUUCAAAGGUGAUUUUUUUUUCAUUCAGCAAAAAAGGCUCCAGACUAAGUUUAGAGGAGUCCCACUGAUUUCAGUUGGACCAAACAUGAGUGAGCUGAGAUCCAACAUUAUUAGGCAACCCACAGAAAUUUAUCUUCUUCUGUUAUCUGGCUAUAUGACUUCAUUGGGAUACAACACAAACUAGAACUCACACACCCAGGUUUUAGAAUGAUAGUUAAAAUAAAGAUGGAGCUUUUUUUUAUAUGUAAAGGAUUUACCAAACUUUUGUGUAAACUUUUCUGGCAAAUAAUUUGAGAGUGGUAUUACAGCUUACAUUUGCAAGUCAGUUUUCAAAAGAUGGAUUCAUAGAUAAGAAAAUCUGAUACACUGAUUUGUAAGCAGUAAAAAUGAAGUUUAGGUCUUUCACCAAGCAAAUCAAAUUGAUGCAGUCUUCUUAAGCUUGAAUGAAUGAACUACAUUUCUUUUAUGUACUUUACUAAACAAAUCUAGAUCUAAUCAUGUCUAAUGACAAACAGCAACACUCAGUUCUGUUUCCCAUUAACUAUCUUGCCAUUUUAUUGUAGUUUUAACAUUAGAAUGACAAUAUUAAAAGAAACAGCUGUCUGGAAAAUCCUUGUGCCUUUUAUUGAAGAAUGAAAAUAUUUCACUGGAAUGUGAGAUUUAUAAACUCUUGACCACUGAAACAGAUAAUGUAUUUGCCUUAAGUUCCUUCUUGGAGUGACUUUCAUUCCCAGUUAUACAGAACUGUAAUUAAAUAGCUUUUCAUGAUAUGACAAAUAUAAAAUCAAAAUAUAUACCUUUUCCAUUUUGGUAUUUUAAUUCUGGCAAGUAGUACAUAUUUUUAAGUGUCUUUAAAAUUAAUAUAUAAUGAGAUUGGCAAUAUGUAGAAUUAUAAUCUCCAAAUCUGAUUAGUAAAAUGCUAAAAGCCUACUUGUGUGUUAGUAAAUUCUCCAUCAAUUUGAAAGGCAUUGACUUAAUUUAUUGAAAAAAUAAUUAAUAAAGAAUUGGCCUAAAAUUCUAAUAGAUGUAUGAAGCAAUUAGAGCUAUAGAAUAUGUUUGAAGACAAUAUGCCUCAGACUAUUAGAUGCUUUUAGGCCUAUUGUAUGAUUCCUGGAGAAAGCUGUUUUCCCUGGUAGGAAAUGAGAUACUUGGCUAAAUAUACUAUCAUGAGGGUUGCUAUGAGUAAUGAACCAUGCAGAAACAGAGAAGGUAGAGUGGAUCUAUUCCUAAACAUUAUACCAUUUUAUAUACAGUUGUGAAAAGUGUCCCUUCAGUUUUGGUUAUUCAAAUGUGUCUUAGCUAUCAGAAUUUUUCCAGUUAAAAUAUCUUAAACAUGAAUUAAAAUGUUUACAUGAUGAAUUUUUAAUUGUACACAAAACAAGACUUUACUAUAGCUACAAAUAAGAAUAACCCAACUUUCUAUAAGUCAUAUAUCUGAGUGUAUAAAUAAAAGUAGUACAACAUAAAACAAACAUAGAUGGGCAAAACAGUUUUGUUUAGUGUGUUUGUGUGUGUAUCUCAGAAGUAUCAUUUAAUCAUUCAUCACAGGAUUUUUUCAAGACCACAGAACACCAAACAAUUUGUCUUAAUAUGGAAACACCUAUGGCUAUUGCUUUUUAAAAAGAAAAAUAAUAUUGUGAAAGCACAUUUACUUUCCCUUAUCUUUUAUACAUUUAUUUUAAACUUUAAUGAGAUGCAUGAGCUUGCAUAAGAUGGCAGAGUUGGAAGUGAAACUUCAUAAAUGAAGCUUAUGAAUUGGGUAAACAUUCAGUCUGUUUGAAUAUUUGUGGAUGUAGUAAGGGCUGAAAAUUCACUUUCACAAAAAUAUGUUGAUGCGAUCGACAAUAGGAUCUUCAGUUUUGAUUUAAAGCUCAUUAUAUGAGAACUUCCAUCCAAAAGUCUUACACUGAUUUUUUUCCCCAGGCUUAUGGAAUACCUCAAGCUAUUCAGGGAAUAUUGAUGUUUCAUGGAACAUAAUUUAAGAAGUACUUAUCUGUACUGCUCAUACCCAACAUAAAUAUUUCCAAAUGAUGAAAUUAUAAUAUUAAUAAAUACUAUAGAAAAAUAUCUGACUGCUUCUAACACACACAACAAAAUAUUUUGCUGAUAAAAAUCAAAACAAGAGCUUUCUUCUACAUCACCAAUACCAUUUGAUCAAUACUAACAGGAUAAAAUUCUGCAGGAUAAUAGGUAAAAUGUGCAGUUUGUGUAAUUUAUUGCUACAGUUGAAUUAAGCUAGUGAAUUUGUUUAAGAAUUAUAUAUGAGAAAUAAACAGUCCCUGAUUUAUUUAGAAGUUGUAUUAUGACAGGAUACAUGGCAGUGACUCCAUAUUCUGCAAGACAGUUAGUCAGAAGAGAGCAACCCAGUAGGUAGUUGGUGCAAGUUAAAUAGAGUCUUAUGAGAAAAUGCGAGCCUGACUCUGGAGAUCCCACCAUUUAAGGGAUUGAAGGAGGAUCCAUCACUUUUCCCAUGUGCUGUCUCCUGUACUUCCAUUGCCUUGCUAUCACCAUUGCUCUUCCCCAAGGCAAGCAAACUUGGAAAUCUGUACAUUCUGCCCUUUAGGCAGAAUGAAGCAGUUGCUCCAGACCGCAAACUGGGAAGGUAGAAGAUGAGGAUUUCUACUCAGUACGCCACACAUCCUGUCUACUCCUUGACACUGCUGCUCUCAUGGACUUAAGUGUAAGACCAGCCAGGUAAGAUGACAAAUAUUCCAUGUACUGUAUACCUUAGUAUGUGUAGUUUAGAAGAUCUACUGCUGUUAUAUCCUUGGCUUCCAUUCCAUUGUUAUCAAACUCAGAUGUACAUCUCAGAAAGAGUAGAGUGCAUAUAAGUUGGGUAUGGAGUAAAAGAUCAUAGCCUUCAUUUAAUUUUUUUUCCCAGCAUUAUCAAAAUGAAGACUUGGUAUCCUAACACAGAGAUGUACUUGCUUUAAGAGCUUAUAAUUUUAGCAAUAUCACCUGAUGUUAAGGUUUUAAAAACAAGGUAUACACUGAAUUUAUAAACAGGAAAAAAGUGGUAAAUAUCUGUAAAAUAGUUUGGCUGUGUAAUAAUACACAGAAAUACAACAGGAAAAGAAAUGUCUUAAAAGUCACCAGCUUUACUCAUUAGUAGCUGGUAGCUAUGAAUUAAACAAUUAUAGCAAGGGUGACUUAAUUAAACCAAUCUUUCUUAGGUUUCUGGCACUUUAUAUAAAUUUAAAAUAAUAGUACUUUUUAAUCCUAUUUUGAUUUAAAGUACAUAUAGCACUCUGAAGAGUGUACCAUGGAAACAAGCAAACAGAUCAGAAUAAUUUGGGGAAAAAUCAGAUGUAAAAAUCAUUUUCACUGUUUCACAUAUUUGUUUAAAAUACUGUGAGAAAAAUAUAUCUUUGGGUGAAUCUUUGGGUGAAAGAAGCAAGUUUUAGAGGCCUCAGAUGAAUCUUGCAUGAUCCCUUCAGGCAAGAAGGAUCAUCCAUGGCUGUAUCUGCAUGCCUAUUAAUUACAAGGCAGCUAUUCUGAUUUUAUGCUUUUCCUUCUUCUCAUGAUGUAUUCGCUGAUCCCAUUGCUGACACCAGUUUCUGUGGUAUCAAAAUGCAGGACACAAGGCAAAAUAAUCAAGGCUUCACUGCAGUGUUUAUUAGGUAGUAUGUACUG